GAAUUCCUUCUCUUUUUUCCAUUCUCAUUCUUUCCACUAUUUUAUCUGGUCUUUCUUUCCAUCAAAGGAGACGGAGAGAAAGAAAGAAAACUAUCAAUUUUCUUUUCUAAUUCAAUUGCUUCUCCAUCUGAAGAUUCAGAUCUCAAACAAACUCGAUCAAACAUUUUAACCAUCACACAAUUCCUGGAAAGAAAGAAAAAAAGAAAUAUAUUUUUUCUACUUUCCUCCUCUGGUUGAAAAAAGAAGACGAAUAGAACAAUCACAAAGAUUGACAAUGGCAACAGUGUCCCCUCUCGCCAAGUACAAACUUGUCUUCUUAGGCGAUCAGUCCGUAGGAAAAACCAGCAUCAUCACUCGCUUCAUGUACGAUAAGUUUGACACCACUUAUCAGGCUACGAUUGGAAUCGACUUUUUGUCAAAGACAAUGUAUCUCGAAGAUCGAACUGUUAGAUUGCAGUUAUGGGAUACAGCUGGACAAGAGAGAUUUAGGAGUCUUAUUCCUAGUUAUAUUCGAGAUUCUUCUGUUGCUGUCGUAGUAUAUGACGUAGCCAACAGGCAAUCAUUCUUAAAUACUUCUAGGUGGAUUGAAGAGGUACGAACAGAACGAGGGAGUGAUGUUAUCAUAGUGCUUGUUGGCAACAAAACCGAUCUCGUUGAAAAAAGGCAAGUGUCGAUAGAGGAAGGAGAUGGCAAGGCUAAAGACUUCGGAGUUAUGUUUAUAGAGACUAGUGCAAAAGCAGGUUUCAAUAUCAAACCACUUUUUCGCAAAAUUGCUGCUGCACUGCCAGGGAUGGAAACCCUUUCUUCGACAAAGCAAGAAGAUAUGGUUGACGUAAAUCUAAAGCCUACAGUGAAUUCAUCUCAAGCUGAGCAACAAGGAGGAGGAUGUGCUUGUUAAAAAUGUAUUUUCCUUGAACAGAAAAUGACACGAAAAUAGAUAAAACCAUACAUUUGGAGUUUAUAGAGUUAAAUCCUAAAUUUUUUAGUAGAUCACAAAAAUGUUCUCAGGCAUACAAUCAAUACAUGAUUUUCUCACCGCGACAACAACCAAUGAUCAUCUUGUUAAACAUUAACAUAAUCCAUUUACCCUGUUUUCUAUAACAUCUCUAAUACUUUCUCAUGCUUAGAACUAGAAAGUAACUUACAUGGCUAACUAGUAAAAUGGUCAUUCGCCUCAAUAUCGCUUCCUUUUUUGUCUAAAAUUAAUGCAUUAGUAUUCAUAAUAAUCCGAUAAUAAAAGUACAUCCGAGUCUCAUUGGGAUAUGUAAAUGAGUAAAUCAAUUAAGAUUUUGUUUUAUAUUGAUAAGUCCUUACAAUUACUAUAUUAUCACACUGGUUUUGAGACCAUUAGGGACGAGCUGGUUAAACGUCAACCCCUAGACAGUAGAUAGUAAUAUGCGAUCAUCAUGAACUCUUGUAUCUAGAGUGGAAAGUUGCAUGAAAGGUUAUUCCACGACCAAAUUGGCGACAAAGUCAAGUGGGUUGUCAUCUGGGAAAUAAAGAACAUGCUUAGGAGACGUCUUCAAAUAGAUUAGAGUACACAUAGCUACAUCCAUAUGAGCUUGCGAAGGAUCAUGGAUGAAGAAACUCAAAAUGUUGACCGUAUAGGAGAUGUUAGGACGAGAGAUGGUGAUAAAAGAAGAGACCCGCCAAAUGAUGAUAAGAAGAACCAUCAAUAAGAGGACUAAAGUUGGAUCUGGUGAGUUGAUGAUUAUGCUCAACCAAAAAAGCACGAGGGAGAGCAUCGAGGACCCCUCCCUCCUCAAGAAUAGGUAAGACAUAUUUUCGCUGAGUGAGAAUGAUGCCACAAGGAGAUCUAGCAACUUCAAGAGAAAGGAAAUGCUUCAACGUCCUCAAGUGCUUGAUGUUGAAUGAUCAUCGAGGAACCUUUAGAUGUGAGUGUUAAAAUCCAAACCAUUUUCGGCUAAGAGGAUGUCAUCGACGUAGAUGAGAGCCAAAAUGAACGUGGCGCCCUUGUGAAAAAUUAACAAGGUGUGAUAUGCAGGAGAAGCUUGAAAACCAAGCUAACACAGAGCAACUGUGAAUUUAUUAUACCAAUUUUGAGGUGCCUGCUUAAGACCAUAGAUAGACUUAUGGAGAUGAAAAGCAUGAUUAUCAGUUUAUCACCUUUAGCAACAAAGGCAUGAGAGAUAUUCAUGUGAGCUUCUUCCUUAAGAUCCACAUGGAGAAAAGCGUUAUUCACAUCAAGUUGGUGAAUAAACCAUCUAUUAAUGGAAGCUACAAUAAUAGGACCAUAAACAGCGAGAAGCGUUUGAUGGGAGCAAAAGUAUCAUGGUAAUCCACACCUUCAAUCUAAGUGUAACCUUUUGAAACAAACCGAGCUUUAUAUUGCUCAUUGCUACCAUCAUGUCAAUAUUUGAUUUUAAAAACCAAUUAGAGUCAAUGAGAUGCAUAUCGGAAGGAGGAAUGACAAGGCUCCAGGUUCCAUUGACUUUGAGAGCAUGAAUUUCGUGUUCAUAUCGUCCCGCCAACAAGCAUACCUCACGCUUUGAGAGAAGCUUUGAGGAUCAAUGUCUCGAGCGAUCACAAUAAGGAAAGCUUGAUGUUGAGGACUAUGACUUUCAUAAGAAACAUAGUGGGACAACCUGUAGUAAACGUGUAAAGCAUUGUGCAAGUACAUUUCGUAGACAUUGAGGAGGUCAUUUGUGACAUGGAACAUGACCGACUUUGGGAGACGACUGAGCUGGAGUAGGCGUCUCAUUGACCUCACUAAGAGGAGCCAUAGGAAUAGGAGUGAAGGGUGAUCAUGGUGAAAACUGUCAAGCAAAAGAGGCAUCUCGAAGUUAAGAUGACUCAGUAUCGCCUUUAGGAGGUGAAGUCUCGACAGCAGGUUAGUCUUAUGAAGAAAUUUGGGAUGAGCAC